CAUUUUUCAUAACUUAAUCAUUUAGCACACAAAAAAGCCUUUUAUAUUCUCUUCAGUUACUGUUCGAUUAAACGAAAUCAGAUCAAGCAAAGAUCAAGAUAACGUUGCCAAGAACAUUGAAGAAUUUUUAGUUAUUCUGUUUUAAAAAAGUUUUCAGAAAGUUUUAAGAAAGUUUUAGAAGAAGCUCAGAGGAAAUGGAUCCAGCUUCAUCUACCGAAGUUAAAGGAGUUGCCCCAGAAUUCGUAGAGAAGCCCCGAGGAAGAAGCGCCAAACUCGGAGGAACAAUCAAAUUUAGCAGUCGUAUCACCGGAAGUCCGAAACCGCAGGUUAUCUGGCUGAAACAGGGUAAACCAAUGAAAGAAGAUGGGCGUAUUACUAUAUACCAGGAUCAGGAGAAAGACGAGUACGUCCUUACAGUGUCCCGUGUCCGUGAGGGCGAUUACGGAGAAUACGUUUGCUUUGCAGACAAUGAAAACGGAGAGACGAAGUGCCGCGUCUGUUUGUCAAAAUACGACCGACGUGGAUCUUCCAGUGAAUCCGAAGAUGCCUGCGAUGACAUGGAAGUAGAUCCGAAUGCUACAUUGCCUGUUUUUGUCCGAAAACCCAAAGAUCAGGCAAAAAUUACUGGUGACACUGCAGUGUUUACUGCAAAAGUUUUCGGAAACCCAGAACCAACUGUUCAUUGGACGAAAGGAAAGUGGAUGAAGAUUAACGGAUAUGGACGUUUUAAAAUGUCUCACAACAAGGAAGCCCAUACUUAUACAUUGAAAGUUACAAACCUAGAUGUCCCAGACACUGGUUUAUACAGAUGUGUAGCCUCAAACAAACAUGGGGAAGUUGAUUCAUCUUUCCAAGUCACAGUUACAGAACAUGUAGUUAAGGAGAAAUUUGAACCGGAACAACUUAGAAAAGUAUCAGCGAAUGACAAACCAGGUGUGAAAUUUGAAGAUAUUGCAGAAAUCAUGGAAUUGUUAAGAGAGGUUGAUCCGAAAGAAUACGAAAAAUAUGCUAGAUAUUACAAUCUUAAGGACUUGAAACCUACUUUGUCAAGAUAUCAGGAAAGCCAAGAAAUCGAAGAUGAAGAAUUGUUAGCUGCCGUUUGUCAAGAUGCUUCAGAUGCCGGUGAUUUGCUUAGUUUUAUGCAGAGAAACUUGUCUGUUACUGAACCCGUCAAAGAGAUUAGAGGUCUUGAAAGUAUCAAUGCUUUACAAGGCACUGAUAUUGAGUUUUUAGCCGAACUAAAGAUGUUUGUACCAGAAAUCGAAGUGAAUUGGUACAAAGGAAAUCGCAAGGUCACACCCAGUGAAAGAUUCGAAAUAAUUCAAGAUGGAGACAUCUAUCGACUGAAGAUUUCGAAUGUGGAUCUCAGCGAUGCAUCUCGCUAUAGGAUUGUUGCUGGACCUUAUUCAUCUACAGCACGACUACGUGUUGCAGAUGAUUUGGACAAAUUGCAAGAACUAAAUUAUGAAAAAGUUGCUCAGUUGGAUAUUGAAAACACAGAAGCAUUUUCUGCAUGUUUGGAAACCUAUACCUGUACUGAAAUGGAGACUGUAAUCUUUGAAUGUGAAGUUAAAGAUGUCAACGCUAGAGUCACGUGGUACAAGGAUGGAGAACCAAUUGAUUUAAAGAAUGCAACUGACAAAUACAAGUUGAUUGAAGACGGAAGAAAACGAUCCCUGAUUGUCAAAAGAACAAACAGUGAAGAUUCUUCAGAGUAUACUUGUAUAUCCGGUCAAAGUUCCACAACAGGAUUAUUGAUUGUCCAAGAUGGAAUCCAAGAUAAGUCGGUGAAUGUUGGUGGUGCUGCUUCAUUUGAAGUGGUAACUCAACGUGAUUCAACCACGCUCAUCUGGUAUCUUGAUGGAAAAAAAUUGGAAAAUGGAGAAAAUGUCCAAAUAAGCCAGCAAGGAAAUGUACACACUCUCAAACUUCACAACCUGCGAGUUUCUCAGGCUGGUGUGAUAAAGUAUGAAGUCAUUGAUUCUUCAGUGGCAGAUUUGAUCAGAUCAGAGUCUGAUGAUAAGUCUUGCAAAGACAAAGUUAUUGGAACUGGUGAAGCAAAACUGACGGUUGCUAAGGAUACAAAAGUGCCAAAAAGUUCAAAAUUUGAUUAUGAAGUUGAAAGGGAAGACAUUCAAGUCAAAUGGCUCAAGAAUGACACUGUUGAAAUUCGCGAAAGUGAAAAGUAUAGAUUGGAGUCGUAUGGUUGUAAGCGUUCUCUGAUUGUGAACUAUAUAUCACCAGAUGAUCAAUCGACAUACAAAUGUGAGCCAAUUGAUUCUGCAGCAAAAGUGGAAUCAAGUCUUCAAGAAGUACGCACUUGCGAAGGUGGAGAGGCCACUUUUCAUUGCGUAUUGUCCCAUAACGAUGUCAAUAUUACAUGGUACAAACAAGGUGCAAAGUUGAAAAACAGCAAUGUCAUAAAAAUUUCAAAAAAUGGGCGUGAGCAUACUUUGACUCUUACUGAUGUUACGCUUGAAGAUGCUGGCGCAAUUUCAAUUGAAACUGAUUGUGGUUUGAAGGAUUCUACAUCUCUAAUUGUUGACUCAUCUGAGAUAGAAAUUUUAGAAAAGCUGGAAGAUGGAAUAUUUGAUGAAGGCAGCACUGUUACUUUAUCAUGUGUUUUGAGUGUGCCAAAUGUUCAUGGUUCCUGGUAUUGUAAUGAUCAAAAGCUAACCAGAUCAGAGUCUAUCAAAAUUCGAACUGAAGGCACAAAACAAUCGCUCAUACUACAUGAUAUCACUGUUGAUGAUGCCGGAACAUAUUAUUUUGCUGCAAUUGGCAUGAAAACCACUGCAAAUAUUACUGUAAAUGAAUCAGGCAUUCGUUUCACCAAAAAGCUUCAAGACACCAGUGUUACGGAACUGGAUGUUGCUGAAUUAUCUUGUGAGCUCAGUAAGCAGUCUGGAAAAGUGACAUGGUACAAAAACGGUGCUGAAAUGAAGUCUUCAGAACAUGCUGAAAUCAUUACUGAAGGAAAAUGGCGUCGUUUAGUUAUAACUAAAGCUACUGAACAGGAUGCAGGUCUUUAUUCAUGCAAGUGUGAAAAAGUGGAAACCAGAUGCAACCUGAGCAUUGAUGAACGUGGCAUCAAAAUUCGUCAGGAAUUGCGUGAAAUUGAAGUGCCAGAAGAUGGGACUGCUUCUUUCGAAUGCGAGGUCUCUCACAAUGAAGUUAAUGUUAAUUGGUUUCUGAAUGAUACUCUUCUGAAAGUCUCCGAAAAUGUCUUAAUUAAAUCAAUUGGACGCAAACAUAGGCUUGUAUUGAGCCAUCUAACUGCUCAACAGUCGGGUCGAGUUGAGAUAAAAGCAGGAAGUGCUUCAUCUAUUGCACGCCUAGAAGUUCUUGAGCCUCCUGUUGAGUUUGUAUGCGGUCUAAAAGAUGUGAUCGUUGAAGAAACAUCGGACGCAAAGUUGGAAUGCGAGGUAUCGAGAAAAUCUGCUCAAGUACGUUGGUACAAAGGCCGUACUUUAAUCCAGGCUUCAGAAAAGCAUACUAUCGUAGCAGAGGGUUGCAAACGUUCAUUAAUAUUGCACAAAUGCACAUUUGAAGAUGAGAAAAAAUAUAUCUGUGAUGCUGAUGAUGUGAGGACCUAUGGAAAACUGACUGUUGCACCUCGAGAAAUAAAAUUCAUCCAAUCAUUGAAAGAAACUAAAGUGAUUGAACGAGAUGAAGCUCGAUUUGAAAUAGUUCUUUCACACAAAGACGUCGAGGUUUCAUGGUUCAAAAAUGGUGCCAAAAUGAGCAGGACCAAAAAUGUUGAUUUUGGGAGUGAUGGAGAUAAACACUGGAUGGUUAUUCAUAGUGUCGAUUUGGAUGAUGACACUGCUACUAUUUCAGCUCACGCUGAGGAGGAGAAGUCUAGUGCUCUAUUAUCUGUUGAAGAAUACACUGUUGAAAUUGUCAAACCAAUGGGUGAUACUACAGUAAUUGAAAAGAACACUGCUGAAUUUGUUGUCGAAACAAAUUAUGACAACAUACCUCACUUCUGGUAUAAAGAUGAUGUUAAGCUCAAAAGGGGAAAUUUCAUUGAAAUUUUGGAAGAAGGCAGGCGACACACAUUGAAGAUGCAUAACUGCCAAUUAUCAGACACCUCUGUCAUCAGAUUUUCUUCUAAAACUGCAGAGUCAACUUCCAGAUUGACCGUAAUAGAACCGCCAGUGCACUUUUCCAAGCCACUCAAAACUAAAACAUGUGAAGAAAUGGACAAAGUAGCAUUGGAAUGUGAAGUUAGUCGACCAAAUGCAAUUGUAACAUGGUAUAGAGAAAAUGAUAAACUUUCUGAUGGAGAAAAGUAUAAGAUUGAAAGUGAAGGUGUUCUGCGGCGUUUAGUGAUUUUCAAGACCACUAUGGCAGACAACACAGAUUGGACAUGUGAUGGUGUUGAUAGCAAGACGUCGACAAAACUUGUUGUGAAAGAAAUUGGAAUUACUUUCACAAAACCACUGAAAGCUGUGUCAUUUCAAGAAGGUGAAGAUGCAUGCUUGUCAUGUGAAAUUAAUACAUCUAAAGAGGUUGAUGCUGAAUGGAUCCAAUAUGACAAAAUUAUCAACAGUCUGAAAAAUAUCAAAUGACACAUAAUGGGAAGAAGUUACAACUUUUAGUCAAGAACUGUACGGUCAGAGAUGAAGGAAAAUUGAAUGUCACGUCCGAAAAGUUUCUUCUUCUGCUAAGUUGAGCAUCAAACAGAAGCCAGCAAAGAUUGUUCAACAAAUUUCUGAUAUUAUUGCAGAAGAGGGACAGCCUUCCGCUACGUUAACUUGCGGCAUGAACAAGAAUUCUGGGAGCGUAAAAUGGUUCAAAGAAAACAAGGAAUUGAAUGAACAAAGUGGCAAGUAUGAGUUUGUCAUUUCUGGAAAAUCUCGUUCACUUGUUGUGAAAGACAUUACUAAAAGUGACAAAGGAUCUUACACUUGUAAGUCUGGAAAUGAAAAGUCUACAGGAAAAAUCACAGUUAAAGAUGGCAUCAAGUUUGUUCAGCCACUGAAUGCCACUGAAGUAUUUGAGAAAGAUUCCGUUGCACUUGAAUGUAUUCUGUCAGAAGAUGUGCCAGUUCAAUGGCGACUUAAUGGUCACACUUUUCCAAUUGGCAAGGAUGUCAUAAGUUCUGCCUGAAGGAAACAAAAGAACUUUGACUAUCCCGUUUGUAGCCAUGAGUAAUGCUGGUUUGUAUUCUGUCACCGCUCGAUUUGCAAAGACUGAAGCAUCUAUGACUG